GCCCCGCCCCGCCCCGCCCGCAGCGGCCGUUCUCUGCCGCCGGUGCGGGGCAGCCCGGCCUCUCCCACCGCCGCCGGCGCCGCGCCAUGUCCAUCCGCCCGCUGGGGGCCCCGCAGAGCCGAGAGGAGCGGCCGGGCAGCGCCACGCAGUUCAUUGCAGGCUGUGUGUACCGCGUAGUUCAGACGACGGGACCAGAUGGAAAAAACCUUCUGAAAUUACUUCCAAUUUCUAAAUCUUCUGGAAGCUUUGUGCCAGUAGUUCAGUCUUCAGCCAUGCCAAAUAAUUCUAAGGCGAAUAUUCCUAGUCCAGUCCAUCUUACUUUUAAGACACAGCUUGCCAAUACUACUGCACCUUCAUCUGUUAAGAUACCUGUUUUUCAGUCUCCUAAUUCUGGAAAGAUUAUUCUUACAAGGACAUUAGACAAACAGGAAAGCGUUAGGGCAGGGUCUGAAAAAGAAGGCUCGAUUCCCAAAUCAGCUGCUAACGUCCAGGGCAGUUGUGUUUCAGUUGAUAGACUGUCUUUGCAGAACGUUGCUGUAACGAGUUCAUCUAACCAGAGUAACACUGCAUACAUGUUGGUAAACACAACAAGUCUUCCAGUCGCUAUGAAGUCUCCUAUGCUGCCCUCUGACCACCACCUCCAGAUACCAGCUGAUGCGGAAGUGAAAUCUGUCCCAGCUUCUUUUUUACCACCUGCAAUACAGCAAAAAAUACUUACGACUGCAGCAACAAAUGUGUCCGCAGGAGCUGACAGUACGAAAAUGCCAACUGUUAUUUACGUGUCACCAGUGAACACAGUGAAAACAGUACUUCCCAAGUGUUUGCAACCCAUUUGCCCAAAGCCUGCCACAGAAGUUUCAAAAACAUUAAUAAUGACAGCUACACAAAAGGGAAAUAGUUCUUCUCCUGAGACACCAACAUCUGACGGUCAGCAGCACCAGCGAAGUCCAAUGAAAUGGAUUGUGCAAGAAAGUCCACAGUCAUCAGCACCUUGCAUUAUUCCUGUCAAGUCAUCAAAUAACGUGGCCUCCAAGAUCUUGAAAACUUUCUCAGACAUGAAGAAUGUAGAAGUUAACUCCGCAAAUAUUUUACCGCUCUGUUCUAGUGGUCCUGGUGGAAGCCAAACAAAAAUCACACCUUUUAAAGAUAAUGCUCUGGUCAUGUACAAUGGGAAAGUCUAUUUGUUGACGAAAAGAGGCUCUGAUGUUCUGACAGCCCAAGCUGACAAACAAGCAUCUUCUUCUUCUGACGCUUCACUUAAAAAGGAGACAUCCAAGCUAAUUGAUUCUACCGCGGUCAAUAAAAUAACCAAUAAAGUAGUGAAUCUGGUACUGUCAAAAAGCAAAGGAAUGGUGCUGUCUCAGAAAGAUCCAAAAACAUGUACAAACGCAAAAACUUCUUCACCAACUGGCUUAAGAAAUGACUUAAAAUCUGCACCUGCAGCUCCGGUGACACCAAAUGCUAAUCAGCAGAAUUCCACUGUAAACCAGAGAAAGAGUUUGCCCGUCACCGAGAGCAUUUCAAGCGGAGUGACCCCUGUUACAGCAGUAGGGGCACAGGAAAAUGUGUGCCAAAAUGGCAAAGAAAAGAUUCAUUCCCCCAAAGCAGCAAGUGCUGUUUUACCUCAGUCUAAGCAAGAGUGUGCUUUCAGUGAAGACUGUCAAAAGAUCCAAUAUGAAAAGAUGGAUUCACCGGGAAAGGUUAUUCAAAUCAAACACCAAGAGAAGCCACAUUGGAAAGAGUACUUGAAAAUAAGGAAAAAAUUUGGUCUCACUAAGGAGGAGAGAGUAUACCUUAAGAAAAUACCAUUAAGGAGCUCCUAUGAGAAACCAGAAGAAAGGGUUCGUUCCAGUAACAGGUUGACAAGGGCAAAUUAUUCUUGGAGUUCAUCAUCGUUAGAUGUGAAAAUAACGGAUCAACAUCAGGAAUGUGUUGAAGAGGAAAAGAUAAUUGUGGAUCUGGAAGAGGAUUUGACUAAGAAAAGAAAAAUAAAAUCUUCACCACUGUCAGAUGGUGGAAAGAGAAGGAAAACGUCAGUCAGAUCAACCACAAGUCCAAGUUCAGAAAAUACCAGCUCAAGUUCCAGCGCGCCUAACAGAAGUGUUUCACCUCCACCAGUCUUACUGCAGCAAAGUCUUUCCACAGACUGCGUUACAUCGUCUGUGCAGAGGGACUCCGAGCAAGACGCAGACUCUCAAUAUACUAACAUUACAGACUCAAAUAUUCCAGUUUUAGUAUCUUGUGAAGACGGUACUUCAGUUCUUGAAGGUUCUUUCAGAGAUGAUGUUUUCCCUUGGACUCCCCCAGACCUGGAUGAAACAAUACGGGAUGAAAAAAUAAAACGACUUAAACAGCUCUUAAGAGAACGAGAAGCAGCGCUUGAAGAGAUGCGUAGAAAAAUGCAGCAAAGCUGAAAUACUGAAGCUGGUGAUCGGGACCAUGUUCCUCUUCCUUUCAGGGACUUCCAAGAAGAAAUUCCUUGUUUAAAUGAACGUGAAUCUUUCUGGUAGAUGAAGAUCUUAAUGAGAUUUACAGUUUGUGUGUCUUUAGAAGAGAAUAGGUUUCUUGUUAAAUACGAGAAAUAAAAGACUUGGACCAUCACAUUCUGCUUCUGGACAUUGUAUGUAUCAAAGAACGCAGAAGAUGGGCAUCUUUAUUAGUGUAUUCUCUAUAUUUUGAAUUGAGGGGUUUCUGUAUUAGUCCUAGCAACUAAACUUUCCCGCUUUGGAAUUCCGUGGCCUGUCUCUUAGAAACAGAAUGUAAAUUGCAAACCCCAAUUGUAGGUAUUUUUUUUGUUUUCCUAAUGUUUUAUAGUGCAUGACAACUUUUGUGAAUUCCUGAGAACUUUUUUUGUGUGUGAAUUCCUGAGAAUUGUCAUAAAAGGUCAAUGGUCAGUGUUUAAUAAAUGCUACUUAAGUGAUCUGGGAGUUAGACGUUAGGCAGUAAUAGUGCAGAUAUUUGUACAAAACCUCUUACGGAUGUGAAGACGGAAGCAGUGGAAACCCCUGCUGACAGUUCUCUAGAUACGUGUCUCUUACUGUUGUUGUGGUGAGCCUUUAUAAGGCCUUUGCCAGCUGUGGAAUGUUGAAGUUUGGUUGUGGGAUUAUUUUUGGAGAGGGGAGGUGUGGUGUUUUUUUUUAAACAGAAAUAUGUUGAAUAUUAACUUGUUGAAGCAAAAAAAAAAAGCCUAUUUCUUUAUCCAGGGGUGAUAUUGUUCAUACUUCUUGAUGAGUAUCUUUUCCAUUGAUUUGUUCAGUCAUUAUUUGAAUAUGCCUCUUGCUACUUCCAUUUGAUGCUACCUUCGUUUUGCGUUGUAGGAGAGAAUAUGCGCUCAGACUGUCUUUGCCAUUGCAAUUUUUAUAGCUCUUUGUAGUGUAUUUUCGCAGCAUAUUCUGUCAUGUGUUGUAUGGACGCCUCUCACUACCCUCUGUUGUCCGUGUCAUCGAAUCCUGUAAGGCUCUUCUGGAGUUCUUCAGUCAUUAUUGUUACAGCCAUGAAUAACUGUUUUGCCAGCAUAAUUUGUCAUUGUUUUUUUUCUUGUCCGCUUACGGUUAUAUUCAACAUCUCUGAUCCCUCUAGAACUCCAUCGCUGAUUCCUGUUCACGGGAGACUAUUUGAUACUAUUCUUAUUUUCUGUAUUUUAAUCAAAUUUUCAUCCGCAAGGUUUUUCUCUGUUAUCAUAUGGAUGCCUGGUUUAUCUAUAGGGUUUUGGGAAUGGAUGUUGUUUUGGAGAGCCUGGUAGACUGUAUCAGUCCUGUGUUCCUUAUUGAUAUGCAUCUUGACAGCGUGAAUAACUCAAGUGGAUUAGAGAGGCAGGACAGCCUUAUAAAAGCGAAGAAGAAGAUGGUCACUUCUCUGAAGAGCUUGAGGUAGACCAGGUGUAGGAGAAGGUGAUACAGCACACACGCAGUGGUGGGUGAAGAAGGAAGGUGUAUAAUGGAACUAAACUCUUUAAUGAUUGAGAUUACCGUGUAAGAGGCAAGUGCCUGUGAUGGCGCAAGCAAGCAAGGGUGAUGUUACCAUGGGCAUCCGUGGGUUCACUGUGUAUGGAGAGUGUUUUGGGGCAGAAAUCCCAUAGUUUAGCAUAGGGAAACAGACAUAACGAAGGGCUGAUGCACAGCGGAGAGAAAGAUGUGAAUGAAUUGGGCCUCGUGAC